CAAUGUAGAAGAAUCAUGGAAAGACUUAGACCUAAUUGCCUAUACUAGCACUCUAAAAAUAGGAGUAUUAUGUACCAAUCCUAAGUUUGAGCAGGCAUUCUGUCUUUUUAAUAGCUUUAUAGAAACAAACAAUAGAACGAAUCAGAUGUUAUUCUGCAUGCGAUGUAUUAAAGAUUAUAUAUGUCAUAUUGAGCAGAGAUCUUCUAAUGUUCCCAUUAUAGAAAAGGGAUUAUUUCAGUGA